AUGACCAACUCCCUCGAAGCGCUAUGCCGGGCCUGCGAUGGCUCUAGAUCCAAAUCCUCAUCAUGGAGGCUCGUCAUUUCAAUUGCAGUACUGUGUAUAGCGAUUGUCACUUGGAUAAACGUCGCCUAUCUCUUUCAAAUCUUAGCCAAACGUUCGAUGGCUUUUCAAUCGCGGGGAACUUUGAAUGCGACCAAAAAAGUUUCUCUCACCGAGUUCAGAUUCAAGGUUGACUUCGAAAUACCAGUCAUCUUUGUUGGAGGGACAAAUAACACAAGGAGUCCCCUCAGGAAUCAGCCCUUUUGGGUUUUAGACGGUCAUAACGAAGACUAUUUCUUUCCCGAGGCACACUAUAUUCCGGAAAAUGAAGGAUGGAAGAUGCUAUUGUCAGCAAUCCAGCGGAUGGAGAGACAUUCAAAACAAUGGCAGGCAAAUCAACUUGGGCAGCCAGAUAUCGACGCGGCCCCUGAACUGGAUAAUAGAACAGUCUCCGUCGCAGUUCAGCAUCAGACAUAUUCUGCCGAUGACCUGGACCGUUUAUGUGCGAUAACGACGAUAAGCAACCUCAUUGCGCUGGUAGCCCUUUUGGGCCUUCAUUGGGUCGUCUUCGAGCCCGGGCAGGAUCUAUACAGAGCCGAAGGAAAUGGUUAUUUUUUGCAAGGUCGAUUUAUCAGUCGGCUCGGUCUUGCAUUUGAAUUUCAAUCUGACAACAUGAACAAGUUUGAAGAAAAACGCAUCAUUCCAGCCAUCGAGAUCAAAGAGCUUUGUUUCGGCCUUGUCCCUACGCUAUUCCGAGAUAUUGAAGGGGAAGACGACAUUUUUACUAGCUUAGAUGAUGUGAACAAUUUUGGCAGCGUUGACCAGUUCAUGAAUUUCGACACUCUUGAACUCGGGAGCCGUUCUGAACUCGCCGACACUUUUACUUAUCUAGGCUGUAAGCCAGAAACAGUGGAGGUAUUCUUGAGUGAUUCAAAAAGGAUGACACAUCUCUUUCCAGUCUCUUUUGAGCUCAUUGGCAUGCUUUCUCGCACAUUCCAUGUGUGGGAUACGUCAUUCCGCAUGCUGCCAAAUCCAACCAUACAUCGAUGGAGUUCCACUUCAAUGGAUCUUUUGCAUCUCUUAGCUAUGUUUGGCUCAAGAUUACAACAACCCCGCUACCCGCUCCAAACACGACAAACAGACGACAUCUUGGACCGUAUCGAGUCGAUUGUGGUCCUUUAUGAUGUUGAGCCAAGGGGCUGCUCCCAUAAGCUUCUCAACGAGAUACACAGAGCCAUCGAUGACAUUGACACGUACCUCAGAGAAGAAAAUCGGCUUGCCAUCAGACUCACUCUCCGAACCCACUUCGAUACUGUCCUCGAACACUUGAACAAUGGCAGUGAGACGUUUUUGAAGCUUAACUCAGAAGCAAGCUCCAUCCGUGAAAGAGAAUUAACACGGAUAUAUUUCCGCGUAAUUUUUCCUGCUGUUGUUGGGCCGAAGUCACCACCGGACAAGGCAGAUACAAGAGAACACCGGAAGCAUGGCGGUGUCACUUUUGUCAAUCGAGAACAUGACUCCGACUCGGACUCGUGUGACGAAUUCUGGCUGGGCUGGGACGCAACUGGACUAGAUGGCCGGUGUCAGAGGCUUCGUAAGAAGGCGGGGCUGGCUCUAGGAAUCGAGGACAAACGAGCAAAUAUUUGGUACUGUCUCAUGUUUCGCGCCAUAUUUUGGCUAAUGCUGCAUGAUUUUGACAAGCGCGACGUUAUGAUACCAAAAAGUCGCUAUCUCGGCAGCAAGCUUAAAGCAUUCGUAAUAUAG